GAUGAGAAGGAGCUUAUUUGCAAUCUCUCACCUGCCAUGGAUGGACCUGAAGCUCUGGUGGAUGCAGAUGAGUACCUCCAACCCAAAUCGCGUGCUCCUCUUGCACCAGCACUGACAACAUCCAGCUCGUCCUCAUCUCCACCUCGCACGCCCAUCAAAACGUGCUGGCCAGCAGGAACACCAGUGCCUGCUGAGUCUCCCACACCCCAGAAUCAGCAGAACUGGGACCGGGAGCUGAUGCGAUAUGCAUGUGGGCUUUCUGAAGACCCACGUACAGCAGUAAUGCGCCAUCUCAAUGGACAACCAGCCCAUCAUCACCAUGGUUCUGAUGGUAGUAGCUCUCGGUACUGCAGUGAUCCUCUCAAGAUGGUUGGAAAUAGGGGUAAGUGCAGCAUCUAGUAGACUUCUCAGCCC